CCCUUUAACAACACUCGGUUGUUCCCGGAGAAAGUCGGCGCAGUUCGUCAUCGACCUCUUUCACUGCGGCUUCAUCGCCAGGCGGACUAACCCGCUGCUCUCAUCCGAUCCCUCAGCGCGGACUGUCGGAUCCCUGAACUGUCCAGCCCCGGUUCCCGGAAAGCGUCCAGCUCCUGUCCAAAUGCAAGCGAUCAAAUGUGUGGUGGUCGGCGACGGGGCUGUGGGAAAGACCUGUCUGCUGAUCAGCUACACCACCAAUGCCUUUCCUGGUGAAUACAUCCCCACUGUCUUCGACAACUACUCUGCCAAUGUAAUGGUGGAUGGGAAGCCAGUGAACCUGGGCCUCUGGGACACGGCAGGACAGGAGGACUAUGAUAGAUUAAGACCAUUGUCUUACCCACAGACGGAUGUGUUCUUGAUAUGCUUCUCCCUGGUCAGUCCGGCCUCUUUUGAGAACGUCCGAGCUAAGUGGUACCCAGAGGUGAGACACCACUGCCCCAACACACCCAUUAUCUUGGUGGGGACGAAGUUGGACCUUCGAGAUGACAAGGACACCAUCGAAAGGCUGCGGGACAAGAAGCUGUCUCCCAUUACCUAUCCUCAGGGUCUGGCUAUGGCGAGGGAGAUCGGUGGGGGCUGUGAAGUACCUGGAGUGCUCCGCACUGACCCAGCGAGGCCUGAAGACAGUAUUUGACGAGGCCAUCCGAGCCGUGCUCUGCCCUCCACCAGUGAAGAAGAGAGGGAAGAGAUGCACCAUGUUCUGAGGAAGAGGCACUGCUACACCACAUCAUCAUGAACAACACACACACUUUCUUUGAAAGAAUGAGAGCUAAAACUGGUGAGAGUGAGUGUGCAGUUCAGUGAUUGCUUUCUGUAGUCUUUUUUUUAUUUUUCAGAACCAUAUUGGUUAGAUGACCAACAUUCAUUUUUUUAACCAUUCCUGAAUAAGAUGGUAGGUUCCUUGUGAAUGGCACUGACUGUCCGUCUCCGUUGUACUGUUGCCAGGAGGACUGCAGCUUUCCACAACCAUCUUUCUACUGCUCUCUUCUCUCUCAGCCAUGCUUGCUUAAAUUAACGCAGUGGUAAUUACACAGAACGUCAGGUGUUGAUAGGUUCAGGGUUGAAGUUACCCUCAGCUCCCUGUCUAAGAUCAGCUCAUUCAGCCCUGAAAACCUCCUGGCUGCUAAUGCUGCAUUCCAGUUACCUGGUAAGUCAGAACUUAGAACUGGGUUUGACGUCAGACCUGGCGCUCCAGUUAGAAAGUCGGGAUUUGAACAUGGCAACGCUCAUAAACAUUGUUCACAGUAUCUCUUACAAACAUCGUUUUAAGCUUUACUUUUGAUAAGGAAACACCAUUUUUAAUUUGUUCAGUUUAGAGUUACAGGCACUACAUGUGAUAUUGAUUUUUUUCUUACAUGUGUGUUUUGCAAAAUAAAAAUGUUUCCACUUCAGCUUACUACUGUUGAUGUGAGGAGCAGCCAUACUGAAGCGCGAAUGUUGGAGUUGCUCCACUUUCCCUUUGGGAAAUCUGACUUCAGACAGCGUUCCAGUUGAAUUUUCCGCCCAGGAAAUCGGAAUUUCCCAGUUCCGAGUACAACUGGAACGCAGCAUAUCACAGCUAUCAUUUUCUGAGCUGCACUUUGAGAUAAUAAGCAUGACUAGCUGUGUAAAAACAUCCUGGUCAGACCACCUGAGAAUGGCAAGAAGUUGAUUACUGACCGCUGAGUUCAGAUCUGCAGCUCAGACUAAUGUGGCAGAAAGCACAGCUUACGUUUUAGGCCUAAAGAAAAUAGGUAAAAUAUUUAACACAGCUGUAUCAUGUGAUCUGAGGCUUUUUAAAAAAGAUGGCCAAUAAUUAUAAUAAUUCAUCUCCAGCCUGUUUGUCAUUUUUUACAGAAAAGCUGCGAGCAGUCAGGGUAACACACUGUGGUUAUGCCAACUAAGCUAUAAUUAUUUAUCCAUGAGAAUUUAGCUCAGCUGUAACUUCUCACCUGCCUUCCUUUAUUUUCAUUUGUAUAGAAACAAUGUGAAGUCAUAAUGUCAUAAUAGCUUUUUCAUUUUCGAAGGAAAUUCUUUAAGCUUGAAACACUUAACUCGACUUCCUGGUUUCCUAGAAGCUGGGAUUUGGGCUGAGAGCUCAUCUGGUGCCAGUGAGGCUCAUCAAACCAGUGAUUCUGCUAUUCAACACUCAAUUCUGGCAAGCAGCUGAUCUUAGACAAGAAUCAGUGGGAAACUUCAACUACAGUCAGGAAAUCAGAGCUGCUUUGUAGGUUUGCCUUCAAAAAAUCAAAAGUCUCUAAUUUCUGUUGUAGUUUAAAUUUAGCACAGAGAAACAAAAUGUCAGCGAAAGAUCCAGAAAACAAAAUGUAAUUUUGAUUCAAAUUUUCUUCAGAAGUAUUUGAUCAAAACCUGCUGUGAUGCUGGUGGAAGAGGCUGUUUGGAAGCACAGCGGCCUGCUGGACCAUCAGCAGGUCAGACAGAUCUGAGUAAGGAGCGCUAGAAACCUUUCAGCACGGUGCGUCU